AUGCGUCCGUUACACUACGCCGCAUGGCAGGGCAAACCGGAGCCGGUGGAACUUUUGCUCGAGUAUAACUCGUCAGUCAACGAAGGCGCCAACUCGGGCGACACGCCGCUCCACCUGGCGGCAAGACACGGUCACGUCCAAGUCGUGGAGAGGCUACUUCGAUACCACGCCAACCCUCUCCUUCGCAACAAGGAGUACAGGACACCGCUGGACCUGGCGUGCGAAUUCGGCCGACACAAGGCUGUGGAGUUGCUCCUGAGCACCCCCAGGUGUCGCCAGCUGCUCGGGGAGAGCAGACAAGACCAGUUAGACAACGAACGAACCACCUGCCUCCAUCUGGCGGCCAGGAACGGACACACCGACAUCAUCAGGUGCCUCCUGGCGGCCGGUGUGGACAUCAAUCGGUCGACGCUGCGGGGCACUGCGCUCCACGAGGCCGCUAUGCACGGCAAGCUGGAGGUGGUCCGACUUCUCAUUCAGAGCGGCGUCGACGUGAACAAGCUCAACUCUUCGGAGCAGACGGCCCUGGAUUUGGUUCGUUCGUUCUCGAGUUCAAAGGCUGCGAGGGACCUGAAAGUUCUGCUGAAAGAGAUGCUGAAAGCGGUUCCCGCUCGAGCGAUACGAGACCACUACGACCACUGCGACCCGGAGUGCCUGUCCCUCAGGGAAGGGGACCUUGUGACGGUCCUGCACCAGUCCGAAGACGGCCGGUGGAAGGGCAUCGUGUUUGGUCCCGGCCACAGCUCUAGGGCCGGCUACUUUCCGGCCACUGCCGUCCAGCUCGUCGACAGGCAAGUGGGCGGUCUGCAGCGCAAUGGCACCCUGCGAUCGAGCACCAUCAAGAAGGUGGCGCCCCCCGUGGUGCCGGACGUGGUGGGUGGUGGCACCGCUGGCCGGCGCCACUCCUCGGCCUCGCCCACCUCGUCGGCUUCCCUGUACGGCGCCCUGCCCGGAACCCCGGACCCCAGGGCCUCGCUACAGGGCAGCCCCGGGUUUGCGCUGCCGGGCAACGCCGUGGACAACGCCUCGCAACCUCCCCCUUCGCCGUCCCCAGGCUACGACUCCACCGAGCCGACAACCUUUUGUCCGGGUGAGCCUUUCACGGAAUCCCAGAUGGCGCCACUGACAAGGCCGCAGAGCCACCCCGGUACCCCGGUUGGCACGCCGACCACCCCUCUGCCUCCUGGACUGCCCCCAACUGGUCGUGGUUGCUACAUUGUGGCGGGGUCGCUGGACGACCCCGGCUGCGGUGUGACCACUCCCGGGAGGGACAGCCCCAGCGGGGGCAGCGUGGAGUCACGCCACUCCAGCUCCAGCCUCGACUCCGGCCGGGGCUCCUCUUCCAGUUCCUCGGCCGACUCCAAGGUGGCCCACCGGUUAUCCACGGGCAGCCAUGGUUCCUCGGGUAGCCUCACCCUCACCAGCAGCGUGGGUAGUCACAUGAGCAGCCUCACCCCCGAGGUGGUCGUCCUCUCCCCCCUCAAUGUGGCCGGACUGCUCGUCAACGGCGUGUCGGACACGGAGGUGCUGACCACGUGGCUCAAGAACCUCCACUUCGAAGAGUACGUCCACCUCUUCCUCCAGGCCGGCUACGACAUGCCGACCAUAUCGAGGAUGACGCCUGAGGAUUUGACGGCCAUCGGAAUCACAAAACCCGCCCACCGGCGCAAGUUGAAAUCCGAAAUCAGCAAUCUCAACAUUCCGGACGGGAUCCCAGACUACAAACCGGACACGCUGCUGACGUGGCUGAAGCUGCUGCGGCUGGAGCAGUACUACGGGUCUCUGUGUCAGCAGGGUUACCACACGGUAGACAGGGCGGCGGACCUCACCUGGGAGGACCUCGAGGACAUCGGCAUGCAGAAGCUGGGACACCAAAAGAAAAUGAUGCUGGCCAUCAAGAAGAUUCGAGACCUCAACAGCGGAUUGCGGAGGUCUGGCAACUAUGGGGACAUCAGGCACUCCAGCAUUGACAUGGGGCAGGUGCUGUCUCAGAGGACAACUGCGCAGGGGCUCAUCCCCUUGGGUCACCCGUACCACCACGCCGUGCCGCCGCCCCCCCCGGCGCAGGAAGCGCCCCCUCCCCACGCCAACGCGGUGCCCCUCUCCCGGCCCGAGGGGGACCCCGCCCCGCAGCUGCGCACCUUCCGUCAGCAGUCGCCGCCCCGCUUCCACCGGGCGGGCAGCGGGGAGUCGCUGCUCCAGGGACAGCCGCACUUCGGAGGCCCCCUCUACCAGCACCAGGGGGCCCUGGGCGCCUCGGACCUGUACCAGCACGACUUUCUCGCCAUGCAGGUCCGCUCUCCCAAUCGCGGCCGAUCCCUGGAGAGCUUGGAGGACGGUGGCACGGCGUACCAGGGAGGCCACCCGCCGGGCCAGUACCAGUACCAGGGGAGCUACCAGCAGCAGCAGGGGUACCCCCAGCAGGGUCCCUCGCCUGACUGGUACCAGAUGGUGAGCAGCUGGAGGCAGCACGGCUACGACACAGACUCGGAGCUGGUCCGGCAGGUGUCCCACCACGGCUACGACUACGGCUACGAGCCGGACGGCACGGCCACCCUGCAUCGGCCCAGGGGCCUGGUCAAGCCCAGGCCGGUGGCCAAGGUGACGGCUCGUGCACUCCUGGACAGCCCGGACCUGGAGUUUGAGCCCAAGGAGGCGGACCCCAAGCUGGGCUCGGACUGGGAGUCCGGCAAGCGGUGUGCCCCGGCACCCCCCAAGCGCACCAACUCCAUCCGGAGGCAGCAGGAGGCCAACAUGGCCGAGACCGCCUUCGCAACCUGCGUGCAGAGCCUCACCUCCAGGUUCACGAUGGCGACGUCCCAGGACGAGCCUCCGCUGCCCCCUCCCCCUCCCGCCGCGGCCGAAGAGGACGAGCCCCCUCCGCCUCCCCUGCCCGCUCCCCCUCCCGCCUCCUCCUCUUCCACCCUGACCUCCUCGUCCUCGUCCACCUCCUCUGACGGAGAGCUGUCCCCCAGCGGGACCCUGAUCCGGCGGAAGGACUCCGGGGGCUCGAGCGUCUCCUCGGAGUCCCUCCCGUUCGCAAACGAGAAUGUGGGCACCAUCAAACAGAGGCCCGGGGAAGCCCCUCCGGCACCGCCGCCGCAUGGAGGUGGAUGCGUUGCGGAUGGGGCGGAGAGGCGGAGCAGUCCGACGGACGGAUGUCGGAGCUCGCCCGAAGAGGUCCCCGUCAGGGAUGUCCCCCAAGACCUGCGGCCCGUUGCGAGCAGGGACAAGUACUCGGCCCCCCAGCAGCGGCCUGCUAUCCCUCCUCGUCCCACGGACAAGCUUUCCGGGACACCAUCCGCCUUAGGCCGGUCCCUUCCCCCCCUGCCUCCUCCCUCUUCCUCCUCCUCGGGAGACGUGAUUGACGACAUCGAGCACAUGCUGGCCAGCCUGACCGACCAGUUGGAUGCAAUGCUGGAGUGCGAGCUGAGCAACCCUUAGGGACCGUCUGGGGACGGCCCCCGACCUUUACAUGCCGCCGGCACCGCGACCCCCGCGGACGACACAGCCGCUCCGCGGUCGUCAAAAGUGUGCCCCUCGGUUCGCCCCCCUUACCGACGUCGGGCACAAAAACGGAAAUUGCGGCUGUGAUCAAAGAUAAAUGUGUGUGAUUCGGAUAGAACCACCUGAAUCCGAGGAUUAAAAGGAAGAUAGCGGUUAAUGUUUGGGGGCAAUAAAUGAGCUAACUCCGGUUAGGGCAGGAAGAUAUGAACCUUUAGGGUUCGCAUUCUUUUCUAGAAAUACAGGUUGAUUUUUCUUGUAAAAUGGUACGCAAAAUGAGGCAGGCUCUAUUUUAGCUAAAACCAAUUGUUUUCUGUUGCAGAUUUGUAGGAGUGUUGUCUGUUGGACAAGAAAAAUGGUCCAGUUUUGGGUGUCAGGAGUACUGGAUCAUUCGCCGGUGUUAUUUGCUUUUGGGACGCUUCGGAAUGAGGACAUAGUCGUUUUUGAGUUAAUCGAGGUGCUGCCACGGCAACAUUGAUUUGUGCCGUAUCUUAAAGUGGGUGCUACCGGAACGGAGAUUGAGGAACGACGGUUGGGUGACCGGAAUUUCGUGGGAUGAGGAAUUUCCAGGUGGGAGUAACACAAAAAUGAUAAAGGUUAAAAGGUUUGCUCGAAUUGUAACCUCAAAGAGACAGUGGAUGAGAAAACUAGGCAGAACAGGGCUUCGGUCCAAAGGGUACUUAGAAAGGAUUGAGGGCCAAAGAUUAGCCCACGAGACAAGCAAACGGGACUAGGGUAAGAUGGAACAACUAAAAUCGGGAGUCGUGAUCCAGCCAUUUGGAAUGGGGGGGAUAAAACAUUUCCCCGAUGAGGGACGGACAUCGAGUGGCACCGACGUCGACACAGGGAGCGGUGCGGCGGCUUCUCUGCUCCCCACAGCCUGCAUCUAACGGCGGUACUCCGAUUCCUAGAGUCGGGAGGACGACGGCACGACACCGGCAGAACGCAGGCACGACAUCGGCACCGAGUCCAAACGAUGUCAGGUGUGUGCAAACAGCCGGAGGACACGACGGUCAAGCAAACCAGCCGUGCUUCAAACGAGACGAAGAAAAAAAAAAAAAAAAAAAAAAACGUGAAGCGCGUUAUCUCCUUGUUAGUUGGCCCAAGCCGCGCCGGCUAGAAGUUCUCCCUGCCGGCGCCGGCGCAAAGACUCCUUUGUAAGCGAGAAUCACCAUGGACGUCGCCCUCCACCGAUACAAGAAAGUGUUAGCAGACGAGUGUCGUUUGUUGCGCCCUUUCGCUUCGAGCGCGUCGUCGCAAGGACUCUGUUGAUGUCGGGUUUUGUUGUCGGUUUUUAAGGGGAAGAGAAGGGGUUUGAGUGUGGUGUCUUUUGUUCUCUUAAGUGCCACCGAAUCUUUUUUUUUUUUGUGUGUGUGUUUUUUUCUCAGCUGGUCGCUCGACAAAUCUGUUCCUAUUAUAUAUCGUCUGAUUGUUCUGGGUUUUUUUUAUUUUGGAAGGCUUUUACGUCUCCUUGUCAUUGCGCGCGCAGCGCCGUGCUUCAAUUGGUUGUGCUUUUCUGUCUUUUUUGGUGCUGAUCGUGUAGAGGCACUCCCGUCGGUCAUCUUUUUUCGGCACGUUGCAUAUCAAGUUUGGCGGCAAUAGACUGGGAAAGUUGCGGCGGGGUUUCGAAGGCCGUGCCAGUUCCGACAAAUCGGUUUAGCUUGGCCACCGUGACGACUUAGCGCCGACUGCGUCGCACGUCCGCGGAAGGCCGGAAUUCAGCCCGCACACUUCGCUAGACGGUUUUGAGAAGUCGACUUCCCCCGCCGAAAACGAGGGAGGAGAGCGGGAGUUUGUUUGCGACAUACACCGUGCGAGCGGAGCGUUUGCAGUUUUUAGAGAGAUGUAGUUUCCUGUACAUAGAAAGCAAUCAAUCCCCACAAAUCAAAGUUUUAAGAUGCCGGGUCUUUUCGACGGACAAUCGCCUCCUUGUCUAGGCGACAGUACAAGUUGCCCCCUUCCCACCCACGUCGACUGCCCGCCACCCACCCACCUUGACGCAAUCCCGCGGCAAGCGACCGUCGGUUACGAUUAUCAUUGCGGCUGCACGCCACGUCUGCGAAAUGAAUUUAGCGGCUUGCGUUGGCUCAUUUGCUACCCGAGCACGUUGUUUUUCUUUGCUUACGAUCCACAGCUGGCCAGUGGAAACAGAAAAGGAGUAGUAGUUGACGCUGUGCGUUUACGAUGUUGUGUUUAGCCGAACGUCCUUAAAGGGACGACGCAUGUUUUCGUUCCCUCCGUUGCAUUUUUGGCAAAAAAAAAAAAAGCCCUGUAUUUAACGGCGCCGACAAAUUUUUUGAGAAACUUGCCGGCGCCGUCUUUGCGAAUGAGUGGUCUUUUGUCCUUUCGUGUCGUAUUCCCCUAAACUCUUCCUUCAAGAUCUUGCGCGGAUGCAGGAUUUCAUAUCCUUUUGGGGAGGGGUCGUUUCCGAUGUUCUCGGUUUUCUUACCUAAGUUGUGCUUCUUAAUGUUUCUUUUUUUUUUUUAUUCGAUCGUUGCAUCACGUUCAUCUUUCGAACAGGUCGCUCUGCGAGACGCAGUUGUAACUGCCGUCUGCUGGCAUAAUGCUGCCCCCUCUGUCCCCCUCGUUUUACAAAACCUGGCACCGCACUUCCAAGUUGUGAAGUCUGCCCGUUGCAGCCGGUUCCUUUAAAAUUGCCGCGACCGUUGAUCUCCUGCGCGUUGUUCGCCCGCGUCACGUCUAUUUUUCUGUCUUAGAAGGCUAGCACAGAAACCCAUCCUCGCAAACGUUCGAAGAGACCCCAGUUUUGCUUUCUACUGCCGUCGUAUUCCAACGUUCUGAGCUCGAUCCGACGUUCAUCGGCCUCUCUCUGCAUACAUCUCAGGUCAGCUGACAAUCCAGCGUUCAAAAACCUUUUCAGCGUGGGCCGUUUUUAGCCAUUAUUGUCAAACCAUAGUGCCAAAAGAAAAAAAAGUAAAACUUGGGGAUGUCGGAUUUUCUGGGGAGUAAAUUAAGAAUGAAUUACUUCAUUGUCGCACUCAUUCUCUUCACCGCCAUUUACGUCUGCCAUUCGGAACGUUGACAACGCUGGAAAGCUGCAAAAAAGUCUGACAUUUUGUUUUUUUUUAAGAGUGGUUUUCAAAUGGGUCCUAGCACUUUGCUAUAAUAACUCCUCUCCCCCUCAGUCAUUCCAAGGCAGAAACGUUUACUGUGCUUAGAUAAUUUGAUGUCAUAGACCAUUGCUAUUUUUAGAACUUGACAAAAACAAGGUGGCUUACGAAAAACAGAAGCGAUGCAGAAAACAAACUUGAGAACAUACUUGUCUUGGGCCUGCGUGACUUGUCCCCUUUUCUCAUCAGCCGUUUUUCGUUUCAUUUUUGGAAUAAAAGAGAAUUCUAACGAUACAA